GGUGGUGCUGGUGGUGGUGGUGGUGGUGGUAGUAUACUAGUAGUGGUGGUGGUGACAGACACAACAGCUGUGUUCUACCAUCAUUGCACCAGUGGUACACACCUACCAUGGCUACCAUGCACAGAUAGCACCAGCAGGUACACACACAACUAUGGUAGUACUACCAUAUAUGCUGCACCAGACUCAUACUUAUGCUGCUGCUGCUCCACGUCAUCACUGCUGCUCUUCAUCCAAGAUUUGAAGAAUGUGGAAGGGCUGGUCCGAGGGUGAGCCUGGGGGGUCUCCCCCAGAUCCCCCAGAAGGUGGUGGCACCCAUGAUGUUGCAUUGGUCAAGCAAGAACUGGGGGACCUGCAGGAACAGUUUGAUCAACAGCAAGCAUUAAUUGGUCAACUGAAGGACAUGAUCAAGAAGAAAGAGACAGUACUUGACUCACGGGGCAAGGAAGUUGAGGACUAUGCUGCUAGAUUGGCAAAAAUCAAACCUCGCCUGGGAAGAGUGGGUGCUAAGAGGAAACCAGUGCUUCCAGAGAGAGUCGAGCCUCUGGGUUCAUCAGAGGACAGUUUGUCGGGACUUGAAACAGUGGAUGUGAGCAGUGAAGCCAGGGUCCAUGGUGUUGUGGAGGAGAAGCAAGUAGAAGAGAAGAGGUUACCCUCAUCUGAAAGUAGCAGCAGAGCCAAGAUACUGCUCAUGAGGAAACAACUGGAGGAAAACCGACUCAAAUUUGAGCUCCAGCAGAAGGAGAACGCAGAGAAACGUGCAGCCAUGGAGGAGAUGAAGUCCAGAAUCGAACGACUACGAACGGAAGUUGAGCAACGAGAUACUGUAAUACAGUCGCUACAGGAGGGUAGGGGAGCCAUCUCUGAAGAAUCAAUCACACAAAAACUCUACCAACAAAUCAUUUAUAAAGACAACACCGUUUUGGAGUUGACGCAAAAAAAUAACCGGCUAGAAGAAAUAAUUCAAGAGUUGCGUGAAUGUCUGAGUGAAAAAGACAGAGUGAUUGAGUCGCGUACUGAGGCAGUUGCUCUCGUCGCCAAAGCUCAGGAUGAGAAGAGCUUGAAAACACUAGAGGAGCUAGAGGAAGUUAGAUACCAAAUGAAGAAGAUGCAAGAAGAUUUCAUUGUAAAAGAGCAGGAAUUUGUUUCUGAGAAAGAGUGUUUGACAAAGGAAUUAAAAGAGAAAGUUAAAAAGAUAACUCAACUGGAAGACAAUGGCCGCCGACUGGAGAAUCUCCGCUUCGAGUUGAGCACUCGUAAUGCCGAGCUGCAGGAGAAGAUUGUCACCUUGCAAGCUGACACUAAGACCUUGAGAAGCCAGUCGGAAUGUGAUAGAAAAUCAGCGGAAGAGAAAGAUUCUAUUCUUCAAGACCUCAAACACAAACUUGUAAAAGCUGAAGCUCAUGGCCAGAAAAAACUGAAUGCACUCGAAAAACAAUUGCGAAAUAUAAAGGAAGAUGGUAAUGCUGGGGAACAAAUUGUAAUGCUUCAAAACUCUAUAGCAGAGCUGGAAGAGGAGAAAGGGAACCUUCAAUUAAAGUUAGUUGAUUUUGAUGAUCUCAAAGCUGCUAAUGAAAAGCUGACAGUUUCUAGAAAUAAAUUAGAGGAUAAAAUAAAGCAGCUCAAUAAUGACUUAGACUCACAGUUAAGUGCUAUCACCCUUCUGGAGACCGAAAAAAUCAAACUGGUUGAGGGCACCAACGAACGGGAAAACCGAAUAUUUGAUCUGGAGUCUGAGUUAGCUGGUGCUAAAACAAAUCUGGCGGAAAUCAGUCAAGCUAAAGUCACCCUUGAGCUUCGACUCUGUGAGGUGGAAGAACAGAGAGACAUAGCAGAGAAAGCCAGAAUAGAGCUUGAAAAUCAGGUAGUUGAUUGUAAGCAGGCACCAGUGGAACAGUUAAUGGCAGAGAAGGGAAGUUUAGAAGAAUCAUUACAGAGUGCCAUGAAAGAAAAGGAUGAGUGGGAGACCAAAUACCUAAGUCAGAUGACAGCUGUGCAGGAGUGUGAAGACAAAAUGACAGCAGCUUUACAAGAAAAGGAAACAAAGGUUCGAGAAUGUAAGCGCCUCAUGAACAUUCUUACAGAUAAAGAAAAUACAAUCACAACUCUCUCCAUCAAACUUGAUAAGCACGAUGAUAUUGUGGCUGGUCUUGAGACCCAGUUGAAGGUGGUAACUGAAACACUGGAAGAGAAGAAGGUGGAACUAGAGGAAGUGAGUGAGAAAUAUCAUCGAGAGAUUGAGAAAGCCAGUGAAGCAUUCAGGUCUGUAGAAGAGUUGGAGUGUAAGGUAUCAGAGGUGUCAUUGGCAUUACACUCGCAAGAAGCAGAGGCUGCAUUGGUUAAUGAAACGCUUCAAAGCUUAAACAGAACUGUAAAUGAAAAGAACAUAACCAUUCAGAAUCUUGUGGGUGAGGUUUCACAUUUACAGGACCAACUCAAAUCUAAAGACAAGUCGCUCACUGAUCACAUAAACAUGCUUGAACAAAUGGAAUCACAAAUAAGCACUCUGGAGAGUAAGAUUGAAGAGUUGCAGAAAUCAGUGUUACACAAAGAUGAACAAUUGACUUUGAAAAAUGAAGCAGUUGAUAAAUUGGAAAAAGAGCUUAAGAAUAUUACCAAGCAACUAGAAACAACAAAAGUGUCAUAUGAAUCAGAAUUGAAUAUUGUCUCGGAUAUGUUGAGUGACUACAAGAACCAAGUGGAAGCCUCUAGUAUGGAGUUGGAAACUAAAGUGCAGGAAAUACACAAUAACCAAAUAGUGAUUUCAAAAUAUGAACAAGAAAUCUGUGAAAAGAAUUUAGCAUUGGAUGAACUUCAAAAUAAUUAUAGUAGUUUAGAAGGGAAAAUAACUGACCUUAACCUGUGUGUGUCUGGGAAGGAAGAAGCUUUGCUGAAGCUUGAGAGAGAGCUGGAAGAGUCAUCAUCAUUUAUAGAAAAGCUUAAUGUACAGCAAACUGCUCUGGAACAAAAACUACAUCAUUUACAUAAUGAAAAUGAGACAUUGGCUAAAUCUAAAUCCAUUUUAGAAGAGGAGAUGAGUGAAGUAAAGUCAUUACUUCAUCAAAAAGAUGAGCAUUUAUUACAUUUGAAUUCAGAGUAUAUUUCUAAAUCUAACCAGCAGAGUCAAGAUAUUGAAAUGCUGAAACAGGCGCUUGCAGAGAAGGAGCAACAAGUGCAGGCAAGAGAAACAUCAGCCGGAAGCCUCGCAAGCGAGGUGAAAAGUAAGGCUUUAGAAGCAGAGAAUUGGAAAGCUGAAGCCUUAGAAAAGAGUGAACGCCUCUCAGAAAUUACACUGGAGUUUGAGCGGGUUCAGCUCCAGGUGGAGAAUAAUAAUGCUGUGAUAAGGGAUUUGAGAGGUGAGCUGACACAGAGUCGGGAAGUUCUUGUUUAUACCCAAGAGCAACUCUCUCAUGCCCAGAAUCACUUAGCUGAAAUUCAGGAAAAGUUUUUGCAACAAGAGACUGAACUUGAGCAGUCUCGAGGCCAGUUAAGCGAAACACAGGUUCUGUUGACACAGGUACAGGAGCAGUUGGACAAAACCAAAGAAGAACUAAGUACAGCCCAAAGUAACAUAGAAAAAAAUAAUCAUGAAUAUAAAAAAGUUACCACUUUGGUGUCCCAGUAUGAAGAGCAACUGCAGAUGAAAGCAACCGACCUUGAAACAGUGGAGAAAGAAAUAGCCAGUCAGCAAGAGAGCAGCACGAAGGAAAUGGAAUCAUUGAGAACAGAAAUGCAGAACUUGCAGUCAGAAGUUGCCAGGCUGCAACAUGAACUGCAGACUAGUCGAGAGUAUACCGAGAAUUUGGAAAUUGGUUCAUCCAAUAUACAAGAAUGGGCUACUGAAUUGCAGAGCGAGUUGGAAACUGCAAAAGUCAGCCAGGAUUCUGCCUACAGAGAUCUCAUUGAAGUUAAAGAUGAACUUAGAGCUAGAGGAAAGGAAAUAGAGCACCUGCAACAAGCUUUAGAAGAGGAGCAAGAGAGAGCUCAAACUUUGCAAAAUCAACUGGCUCAUGCUGUUUCCUCUCAGCAGCAGCAACAGCAGAGAGCAGACUCACUCCAAAUAGAGCUGACAGAAGCACUCACACUCCACCAAAUGGCUGACUUGUCACACACACACCAGCAAGAUGUGUCUUGUUUGGACAGUGAUCUGUUGUCCACAUCUCAGGCAGAUGAUGAGCUGCACACACAGCCUAAUUUAUUGCAAGUGCAAAAUCAGGCUGAAAUUAUUACUCAGCUGAAUGCCAGUAUUGAAAGCCUGAAUUCACAAAUUAAAUUAAAAGAUGAAGAAAUUAAGGUCUUAGAAAUGAAUGUUAUUGAGCAUAAAAAUGUGGCAGCUGAAACUGAAAAGUCUUUAAAGGAGAGCAUCGAAGGACAGAAGCAACUGCAAGAUCAAGUCAAGCAAUUAACUGAAGAGUCUCAGCUUGCAAAUGUCUCGCACACAACAAGUGGUCAAGAUAAUUUAGCUGAACACGCAGUGACACAAGAUAAAACGCGGUUUCUGGAAGAAGAAUGUGAUAGUCUUCGUGCCAAUGCCAACACAUUAAAGCAACAACUGCAAGAGGCACGACAGACAAUCACACAACUUCAAACAUCACUGGCCACCCAGACACACACCACUGCAGCAGCAUCGUCUGUUUGGGAAGACUGGGGUGAAGUGGACCUGGGAACACCAGAGCCCAAAGAAAUGCCCAGCCUGGAAAAUUCGCUGGUAAGUAACCUUCGAAAGUCGUUAGCAGACAAAGAUGAAAUGUUGAUGAUGAUUCAAGACCAACUUAAAGAAGCGCUGCAACAGAUUAACACCAUUAAUGAAGAGAAGAAAGUUUUGGAACAGAAGAAAAAAUCUGCUGAAGCUGACUACAAUCAACAGAAGCAGAAGUGGGAAGAUGAUCAGAAAAAUUUGCUUGACAUGAAGAAGAAGAUGGAGGACAUGGUGUCGAUGCAGAACAGUUUAGAACUAGAGAGACAAAGAUUAUCAACCCUUGAAGAGGAGCUUAGUAAGAAGCAACAAAAUAGUGAAUUAUUGCAACAACAGUUGGUCCCUCCGACCUAUCAGCCAGAGGAGAAACUACAACAGUUAGGUGAAUCAAGUUAUUGGCCAAGCCAGGAAUAUACACCAGGAGCCUGGCUACACAGUGAACAUGCACCAGGAGUCUGGUCACCAGGUGAACACACACCUGGAGGCUGGCCACACAGUGAACACGCACCAGGAGUCUGGUCACCAGGUGAACACACACCUGGAGGCUGGCCAGCCAGUGAGGACACAUCUGGAAUUUGGCCAAGUACUGAGCAACAGGCAAUUGGAACACCACAAUCAGUUCACUUGUCACAAGCUGCAGCACCAACUGUAAGCCAAGCCUCUGCAACUGAUACAUCACCUCCAGCUUUUUGGAACCAGCCAGAGGAGGCGCCUUUCACUUUCUUAGAUAAAACACAACAAAGAAGUGAAAAAGAUCCAGUUAGUUGGUUUGAUGAACAUCAGUCUGAACCUGAAAUGUUGGCAAAAUCUGUGGAACCUGUUGGUGAACCAGUGCCUGAUCAACCUCUGGGAGAAUUGCUUCAGCAGCAGGAGCAGUUAAAAGAGCAGGAGCAGUUAAAAGAGCAGGAACCAUUACAACAGCAGGAACAGUUACAGCAGCAGCAGGAACUGGCGGAAGAUGAAUCAGUGAGUUACGAUGAGCUGAAAUACAAACUUGCAUGGUAUGAGGAACAGUGGGCAAAUUGGACUGGCCAUUACACACAGUUGCAGGUUAGUUACCAAGAAGCAGAGCAGCAAAUAUCUCAGCUGACACAGCAACUACAAGAAGUACAAGGCACUAAGGUCAAUGAAGACAAUCCACCACAAUCAUCCACUGAUGCUAUUACUGAAAGUAAAGUACGACUACAAGAAGAAGAGAUCCUGGAGCUGCAGAACAAACUGUGUGUGGUUGAAGCAGCUCACCAGCACCUGAAGAAUGAGCAUCACAACCUUCAGCAACAAAUGGGUCACUUAAGUGAGCUAGAAGGAGAGCUGGAAACGCUAACAAGGUCUGCGCCAAAUAAGGAUCGUUUGGAGGAAGCUGAAGCUGAGGUGGAUCGCCUCCGAGGCUUUGAAACACAAGUCUAUGAAUUGCAAAGUCAAGUGCAAGCUCUGCAACAUCAGUGCACAGCCAUGCAGAGCAAACUAGCUGAAGCUGAAACUGAACGAACUCGUUUGCUUGAAGUUGAGGUACUGUAUGGCGAACUACAGUCGUGUAUACAGGAGUCGGAGACCAAACGUGAAGGGUCCAAGUCUCGUGUCCAGGAGCUAGAACUCAUGGUUCAGUCGGCAGAGUCUGAGAUUUCCAGAUUAAGAAACGAGAUUGAGGUGCUGAAUCAGGCUGGCCAGGCGGUGGAGACUGACCGAGAGCGGCUGGAGACAGAUGCUCAGGACCUCGGAGCAGAGAUGACAAAACUCAAGCUUGACGUGACACGCCUGCAGCACGAGGCAGAUGUUUAUAAGAAUGAAAGCGUACGAUUACAAACUGAAGUUGAUUUACAUAGAGCUGAAAGUAUAAAGUUUCAGAAUGAAGGAGAGACUUUCAAGGCUGAAGUUCUGAAACUUCAGGCUAAAAGUGAAGAUUUAAAGGAAGAAAUUGUGAAGUUUCAGAAUGGAGUAGAUUGUUACAAGGCUGAAAUGACUCGACUUGGACGGGAGAAUCGAGAUCUAGAUGAAGAAGUAACGAGAGUGAGGAGUGAGCUAGAUAGAACAGAACGCGAGAACAACCAGUUACGUAGUGAACUGGAGGUCAUGGAAGGUGAACACGAGAGGUUAAGAGGUGACUAUGAGGUUCUUGAGACGGAUAACAAUAGAGCGAGGGGAGAAUAUGAAGCAUUAUCUCAAAUAAAUCAGAUGAGAGAAGCUGAGAAAGAAAGUUUAGAAAGUGAAGUACAAAGAAUUACCGCUCAGAAUAUGACCAUCACUUCUGAAAAUGAACAUUUGCGUGAUGAAAUCCAGAGGCUGACAGAGGUGAGCACUUCAGAAGAGUCUGAGAUAACACGCCUGAAAGCUGAAAUUGAGAGAUUCAAGCUUCUCGACUCUCAGUAUAACGAUCUUGAAUUGAAAUACAAUGAGUUGCAAACUCAGGUUGCUACCAUAGAAACUGGUGCAAGGAGUAAAAAUACCUCAGAGUCAGAACCCCACAGUUUAGUGGUGGAGGAGGUUGACUGGGGUGUCGAGGGCAGAAUAGAGAAUGAACAUCUAAUUAAAUCAUCAUCUGUAGACAUGAAGUACCAAGAAGAAAUAGAUUCUCUUAAAGCUAAAGUGAUUGCAUUAGAAAAGGAAAAAAAUCAACUGUAUGAUGAGUUACAGGCAUCCAAAAUGAAGAGUGGAAAAAUGUUGCAAAAAUUUAAGCUGACACAAGCUAAGAAUGAAACUUUAGUUAAAGAAGUGCAGAAAUUAAAAGCUAAAGCUGGAGGCUUCUCUGACCUUGAUCAAGCUCUUGAGGAAGAGUGGAAGACACAAGUGGCAAGAGCAGAAACCGAGAGAGAUGAACUUAAACAGAAACUAGAUGAAGCUGAGAAUGAGAAGGAACACUUAACUAAUCAAGUGGAUGUUCUCACUGCAGCUCAGGAGCACUACCUUGAACUCAAGGAAGACCAAGACACUACCAUCAAGCUUUUGAAAGCUCGCAAUAAGGAACUGGAAGCUCAGUUGCAGGCUCUGGAAUGGAAGAUAUCAGAGCUGGAAGAGGUAGUAGAGCAGCACCAGACACAGGAAAAUACUUUCACAUCCUUGACAGUCCCACCUGCACCAGACUUGAAAGAUUCUGAGGAAGUGGAGACCUUGAGAGCACAUGUCACAUCUCUCAAUCAGGAAAUAAAUAUAUUGAAGUCUGAGAAUGAAAGAUUACAAAGUUUAACUGAAGAACUUGAAGACAAAGUUGAAAGUCUCAGUAGUGAUAACGAGUCCUUCCAAUCCUUAAUAGAGAAACUGAGAGAGGCCAAGUCCAAAGCUGAAGGUGACAUCAAUAAUUAUAAGUCUUCGUACAUAGAGCUGGACACUGAGCAUACCUUGGUUAAAAAGGAGAAAGAGAAGAUCAAUGAAGAAUUAAAGGAGCUUUCCUACACCCAUAGCACCUUAAAGGCCGCUUACAACUCCAUGUUUACAGAAUAUAACGACCUGAGGGACCUGUGUGACAGCCACAAGCAUGACAUAGGGAUCUUGAAGGGAGAGAGAGAUCGUCUGGUGGAGGAAGUGGACAGUCUGAAGAAGCAGCUGCAAGCUCUUCAUGAAGAGGAAGAAGAGGAAACUAUUCGUGCCUUACAAGAGGAGUUACUCAGUCUUAGAGAACAGAAUAACCUCAUUCAUGAAGAGAACACUGCACUGGAGGUUCAGGCUGAGGAGGCUCGAGACAAGGAGGCUCGUGUGUCCAGUGCCUUGGAUCAGAACCUGGAGAUGCAGAAGCUCCUCAGAGAUGAGCUGAUGAAGAAGUCUGAGGAGAUCAGCUUCCACACGACCACCAUCGAUGGCCAGGACCGCCACAUAACCUACCUGAAGGCCGAGUUAGCUGCCAUGAGGGUGAAGCUCGCUCAGCAUGACCAGGCUGAGGACAACCACUAUGAAACAAUUCAGAAGCUGGAGCUUCAAGUGGAGGAACUGCAGCAACAUGUUCAACAUCUGCAACAUCAGGUAUUGUUGUCUGCCUCAGUUGUUAAAAAAGAACAUAAGAAUGAAGGAACACUGCAGUAGGGCUAUUAGCCCUUGCUAGGCAGGUCCAACUCUCACCCACUCGUGUACC